GUGAUGUGGCCAGUGCUGUUAGCACAAGUAGAAGAGCUCUUAGAAGUGCGAAAAUACCUGAGAGUGAUUACACAACUCUUCCUAAUGGCCUGAAGUUUUAUGAUAUAAAGAUUGGUACAGGAGCAGAAGCUGUGAAGGGAUCUUGAGUUGUUGUCCAUUAUGUUGCUAAAUGGAGAGGCAUUACGUUCAUGACAAGCAGACAAGGAAUAGGUGUUGGAGGAGGAACGCCUUAUGGAUUUGACGUUGGUCAAUCGGAGCAAGGGGUUGUCCUCAAAGGAUUAGAUCUCGAUGUUCAAGGCAUGAGAGUGGGAGGACAGCGUUUGCUGAUCGUUCCUCCAGAGUUAGCUUAUGGAAACAAAGGGGUUCAAGAAAUUCCUCCAAAUGCGACAAUUGAGUUGGAUGUGGAACUACUAUUAAUCAAACGAAACCCGUUUGGAUAAAGAGUUGAAAAAGCAUUUUGAGAUAUUCAUCUCUCGGGAGUGUAAUGCUAUAUACGCCCUCACUUUUAUUUCCUGACAUUAUAGCUGAUUAUUGG